AUGUUAUUAAAAUUAAAUAAUCUUAUAAAAUUUCUAAAUCCCUAUUUGGAAUUUAUAAAUUGUCAUAUGGUUGAAUUCUAUACAAAUAAUUUAUGGGAUAAAUAUAUCCCAAAAAAUAUACAAAAUGAAUUAACCGAAAAUGGCUUCGAAGAUGCGUUUAAUAUUAUUUAUAAAGAUAAGAACUACGACAAAUAUCCAAAUUUAACCGUAUUUUUAAAUGAAAUAAAAAAUAUUCGAGAAAACAAUUCAAUUAUUGUUUCCAAAGAUAAUUUUUUAAAAGAUGAAAAACCUGUUGAUGAAGAUUUUAAACAUUUUAUGUCAGAUAAAAAAAUUCAUGAAGUUAAUAAAAUGGCGGAUUUAACGUAUAAAUUGAGUAAGAAUAAAAACAUUGAAUAUGUUGUUGAUAUUGGAGAUGGUAAAGGAUAUUUAAGUUCUUAUUUAUCAUUAAAAUAUAAAUUAAACGUAUUAGGGAUCGAUUCUCAAUCAAUUAAUACGACAGGCUCAUCCAAAAGAUUACAAAAAUUACAAAAAUAUUGGAAAGGCUUAACAAAUGAUUCGAUUAUAUCAAAUUCUUAUAAACAAUUCACAAAAUAUGUAACAUCAAGCACAAAUUUAAUAGAAAUCCUACAAAAUGAAUUUAAUCAAUCCAAUAUUGAUCGAUUUGCGUUAGUUGGAUUACAUACUUGUGGUCAAUUAGCAUGUGAUUCAUUGGAUUUGUUUGUAAAUGAUGCUAAUUGUAAGUUUUUAUGCAAUGUGGGAUGUUGUUAUCACUUGUUAAAAACUUUUCCAAUGAGCGAUUACGUGAAAAAUCAAAAUUUUAACUUAGAUCGUAAUGCACGCAUGAUUGCAUCGCAAUCAAUCGAUCGUACUGUUAAUCAACAAAAAAUCAAUAAUCAAUCAUUAUUCUAUCGUGGGCUAUUUCAAGUUUUUUUGCAAAAUAAAUAUGGGUUGAAUUUACCAGAAGGGCAAGUGGGUCGUAAGUGUUCGAAACAUAAUAAUUUUAUUGAUUAUUGUCGAUCAGCUUUAAAUAAUUAUCAAUCAAUAAAUGAUUCAAUAAUCGUUGAAAAUGAGUUAAAUGAUUUAUUAAAUAAAUAUCAAGAAAAUAAUGAUGAUUUAAAAUUAUAUUUGUUUUACUUAAUUCGAAUGCAAUUUUCUAGUAUUAUUGAAUUAUUGAUAUUAACAGAUCGUUGUAUGUAUUUAAUAGAAAAUGGAUUUAAUCAGACAUAUUUAAUUCAAUUGUUUAAUUCUGUUAUAUCUCCAAGACAUUUAGCAAUUAUAUCAAUUAAAUAA